AUGUAUAUCGGGCCUCAUGGUGUAACAGCUCUUCAUAGACAUAAAUAUAGUGGCGUAGAUCAUUCCUAUGUGGCCAAAUAUGUGCUACAGCCCUUUUGGUGUUGGUUUGUUAAUUUGUUUCCCCUAUGGAUGCCACCGAACUUGAUAACGCUGACAGGGUUUAUGUUCUUAUUAAUAUCUGUGUUGCUUGGCUAUGUAUACUCACCUGAAUUGGACUCAGCUCCUCCAAGAUGGGUUCAUGUUGCACACGGGAUACUUCUGUUUUUGUACCAGACAUUUGAUGCUGUUGAUGGGAAGCAAGCUAGACGAACCAAUUCUUCAAGCCCAUUGGGGGAGCUGUUUGAUCAUGGGUGUGAUGCACUUGCUUGUGCACUUGAAGCACUUGCUUUUGGGAGCACAGCCAUGUGUGGAAGAAGUACAUUCUGGUGGUGGUUAAUAUCUGCAAUUACAUUUUUUGGGGCAACCUGGGAGUACUAUUUCAUCAAUACACUUAUACUGCCUGUUGUGAAUGGACCUACUGAGGGUCUUAUGCUAAUAUACCUUGCUCACUUUUUCACUGCUAUCGUGGGUGCUGAGUGGUGGGCUCAACAAUUUGGAAAGUCUUUGCCUUUUUUGAACUGGUUGCCUUUUAUUGCAGAUGUCCCAACAUACAGUGCUGCUUUGGGUUUGAUGGUAGUUUUUGGUGUUAUCCCAACUGUCAUAUUCAAUGUUCAUAAUGUUCACAAGGUUGUGAAGGCUAAAAAUAGAAGUAUGCUCCUUGCAUUGGCAAUGCUUUACCCAUUUGUUGUCCUUGUCGGAGGAGUGCUUGUAUGGGAUUAUUUGUCACCUUCUGACAUCAUAGCUAGUUAUCCACAUUUAGUUGUUAUGGGAACAGGACUUGCUUUCGGAUAUCUCGUGGGAAGGAUGAUUUUGGCUCACUUCUGUGAAGAACCAAAGGGCUUAAAAACUGGAAUGUGCCUGUCCCUCGUGUAUCUCCCAUUCGCCAUUGCUAAUGCCCUCGCAUCAAGGCUAAACGGAGGGGUUCCGUUAGUUAAUGAGAGACUAGUUGUUCUUGGUUACUGUGCAUUUACAGGAUCGCUAUACAUGCAUUUUGCAACAUCUGUCAUUCGUGAAAUUACAGACGCACUUGGAAUAUAUUGCUUCAGGAUAACUAGGAAGGAAGCUUGA